AUGUCACAAAUCAGGUUCACUCACACGCAAGCCCGACUGAAGCUGAAAUGCACGGUUUCGUGUGGCAUCAGAGGAACAAUCUUCGAGAUCACUCGAAUCCUGCAGUGGGUCCGCACGAUCCACGAGACAGUGAAGAGAAUCAUCGACGGAGAAAGUACUGUCCACGACGAAAUUGUGUUUCCGGAUAUAGCCCACAUUGCUGAAACAAUCUUCUCAGGAUAUAAAACACUCGUCAUCGCCGCACUAUCCUUUGCUGCUGCGAUCGCCACUGGCUACGCAUUCUUCUGGACAUGCGGGAUUCAAGUAUUUGUGGCCAUCUGUCGCAUCUUUCUCCUUGCUUUACGCGCUGUAACCUUCACUGUACUGAAGACACUACGACUGAUCGUCAUCGCCCUUUACCGACGUGUCUUCUCUCGAUCAACUGCCUCCAAGAACGGACACGUGAAGCAAUUAUGA